UGAACUAAUCAUCAAUAUCAUCAACAUCAUUAUCACUGCAUUGAUCCUUAUCCAUCGAUUGAAUUGUCCGUAACGGAUCCAUCAGACUUUUGAAAGGGCCCUCCGUACGGGUCGGUACUUCAUGUACUUUGUAGCUCAGUGACAAUCAGGUACCAGCUUCGUACUACGGAGUACAGCGGGGUCAAGAUCGAGAUUGAACUCUUAGCAAAUCAGAAAUUAGCAAGAUACUUUGCUCUCUCCGUAAACACCAAGCCCUGAAAGGUGCUUUGUUUUCCAGGAAUCAUGCCAAAUCACUUUAUUGCGAGUGCAGCCGCAUGGUCACUCGUGUUGACUGCAUUUGUAUCUGCCGUUCAACGCCCAUUCCAAGGCCUCGACCAUUCACAAGGGUAUCAAUUCGAUCCGCUCCUCCAUCUACCAGGAAUAUCGCCCUACUUCGAUGCUGUGGGAUUCGGGCUUGAACAUGUUGCGCCAGAAGGCUGUACCGUAACCGCCGCCUCCUAUUUAAUACGACACGCCGCGAUAUACGCCAAUGACGCCGAGUAUGAGGAAUACAUCCAUCCUUUUCUCUUCAAGCUAGAGAAGCAUCGAGGAGCCUUCUCGGGUCCCCUCGAAUUCUUGAACGAAUGGCAUUCUCCGAUUGAUGAAGACCGCCUCGAGGAUGUGACUCCUUCUGGAAAAGAGGACGCUAAGCAAGUUGGACAUCAUCUGGUGAAGCGUUAUCAGCACCUGGCAUCAUCAGUGAAGCGUGUCAUAGCAGACACCAAAUCCAGGACAUAUGAUACCGCCAAGGCCUUCCUCCACGCAUUUCCUGCCGACGGAGAUAUCGAAAUCGCCCGUUUUGACAAGAAUGACGUGAAUGACGGCACUCGUGCCCUUCUUCCUCACAAGGCUUGCUCUAAAUUCUCAAAGGCUCCUGGAACAAAGCAGCAGCACGACUUCUUAAAUGUCUACAGCAAGCAAGUCUCUCGUCGUCUGAGCCCUUACACUCCCAAUGAUUACGAACUGGAUCCCAAGGAUGUGUUUGCACUUCAAUCACUCUGUGGGUACGAAUCCGCCAUCAGGGGCAGGCGGUCAUCUAUAUGCGCCGUAUUCUCUGAUGCAGAAUGGCUCUCCUACGAAUAUGCGUGGGACAUGAAAUACACGUACAUGGUUGGCCCGUUGAAUCCUCUCUCUAAUUAUCUCGGGUUCCCUUGGCUGAAUUCACAAUCUCAGCUAUUAGAGGCCAUUGGUAAUAGCUCCGAGACGAAUAGCGAUGAGGAAACAGGGUGGCCCGCUAAGCAGCGUUUGUUCUUUUAUUUCACACACCGCGAAGUGCCGCCAUUCGUUGCCACAGCACUGGGAAUCUUCAAUUCGUCUUCGCAAGAAGGAUACGACGAGUUCCCGACUUCCCAUGUCAAUCAUGUACGGGCAUGGAAGAUGUCUGAUCUCAUUCCAUUCUUGGGACACGUUGGCAUGGAAAAGAUGACAUGCGAGAGACCGGGCGUUGAUGGUGGCAAAAUCGAGGAGGACUUUGUGAGGUUUAUUGCUAAUACUGCGCCACGGCCAUUGCCACUGUGUCAGAAUGGACCCGGUGCUAGCUGCCCAUUCGAGACUUUUAAAACUAUCAUCAGUGCUGGGAUGGAAAAGUAUGGGGAUUUCGAUGGCGUCUGUGAAAAUGAGAGAGAUGAUUUGUGAGAAGGAGAGGAAAAGGGAUCAAUGUUAACUACAGUCAAAUAAUUGCACGAGCGGUGGUCUUUAGCAAGUCUUGGGGUAAUCGUUUCGUUAUGAGAUCGCCGCAGCUUGUUUAUGAUGAGUUUCCGGACAAGGUUCCUGAUCCCCGACUCUGUUACCAGCAAGGAGGAGGGCAAGAUGGAAGAGAUCACUGGCGUGAUGAUGGCCGAUGCCGAGAUCGUCCUCUUCAUAGCUCAAACGACGUAUCUGAAUCCUGGGCGUCCAUGUCCAUCAGCUGAUUCCAUAUUUACCUUUCCACCUUCCUCUCCCGCCUCAGCGGUCUGUCUCUCAACCCUUGCAAGCUUCUUAUUUUCCCACUUGUGGAGGUAGCGCAGCAAGAGUG